AUUUUGUGGGUACAGUAACUGAAAAAGGUUGGGAGACACUGGUCUAUAAUGUCUAACGCUCAAACAGUACUAAAUAAAAUAAGACAUUUAACGUGCAAUGUUUCGCCUGUUGCAUCUCCUCAGAUGAUAAUGAUAAAUCGAAGGUGUGUCGGUCAUUCCCCCUCCGGAUUUUAUGAAAUUGAGGCGUGUCCAGCUGAACCACAGAGAAUUUCUUCACCCUCUUCACAGAGUCUCAUCCUUGUCUGUGAACGGGACACGCAGGCUAUUUAUUUAGCAUUAAUUAACUUCAUGUUUUAGCGUCAGUGGAAGAACUCGUUUGGCGCUGCAUUAAAAUGCCGCUACGACUCACAGUUUACCAUGGCCGGACACUGUCAACGCUGAUUGGCCGCUCUGGGUCUGGGGGUCUGAGGUUCAAGUCCGGUACCAGCAGACAUUUAGGAGCAACGUUCCAGACGACAGAAACACACCCGAAGAAGUACAAAACAAUAGACGAUUUAUCGGGACCUAGUUUGGCCACGACGGUGUAUUGGCUGUUCGUUAAGGGUUAUUCAGACAAAAGCCAUGCUAUGCAGAUUGAACACAAGAACAUCUAUGGGCCCAUCUGGCGCUCGCGUUUUGGCCCGUUUGACGUGGUGAACGUGGCGUCCGCUGAUUUGAUAGCCCAGGUGAUCCGACAGGAGGGCCGCUACCCGAUCCGAACAGAGCUGCCACACUGGAAGGAGUACCGCAACAUGCGGGGACAGGCCUACGGACUCCAUGUGGACGAAGGCCCAGAGUGGUACCGUAUGCGUAGAGCUCUGAACCCUAAGUUGCUGAAGCUGCCGGAGGUGUCUCGGUAUGCUCCUGUCAUCCAUCAGGUGGUGGGCGACCUUCUCCAGCGGAUCGAGAAGCUUCGCCUCCGCAGUGGAGACCACGCCACCGUGUCGGACCUUGCCUCGGAGCUCUACAAGUUUGGCUUUGAAGGUAUCUCGUCCAUCCUGUUUGAGACACGACUGGGUUGUCUCCAGGACGAAAUCCCAGAGGACACGCUCAAGUUCAUCGCUGCGGUUGGCGACAUGUUGACCCUGUCUGAGAUCGUCCUCUUCCUCCCCUUAUGGACGCGCAAAGUCCUGCCCUUCUGGAAACGCUUCGUCCAGGCCUGGGAUGACCUCGUGGGUGUGGCUCAGCGUCUGAUCGACCGUAAGGUGGCUGAGAUGGAUGUCCAGAUGCAGGCCGGCAAGCCGGUGGAGGGAAUGUACCUGACCCACCUACUGUCCUCCGAUAAACUUUCCCUGAGGGAAGUCUACAUCAGCAUCACUGAGCUUCUCCUAGGUGGCGUUGACACGACGUCCAACACCUUGUCAUGGACGUUAUACCACUUGGCUCGUGACCCUGCGUCCCAGGACAGGCUGUACCAGGAGGUCACGUCAGUGUGUCCAGGUCGACAGCACCCCAGCUCUGAGGACCUGACCAGGAUGCCUUAUCUGAAGGCUGUGUUUAAGGAGACUCUGAGGAUGUAUCCCGUUGUCCCCGGGAAUGGCCGUCUUACGUUAGAAAAUGAAGUUGUUGUCGACAACUACCUGUUCCCAAAAAAGACCCAGUUUCAUCUGUGCCACUAUGCAGUCAGCCAUAGCGAGAGUGAGUUUCCGGAUCCGGAGUGUUUCAGGCCGGAGCGUUGGCUGAGAGAGGAAGUGGAGGCGUACCAGCACCAUCCCUAUAGCUUCAUACCCUUCGGAGUGGGCGUCAGGGCCUGUGUGGGCAAGAGAGUGGCAGAGCUGGAGAUGCACAGUGCCCUCUCCAGGUUGAUGCAGCAUUAUGAGGUCCAGCCAGUGGAUGGGGCCCCCACAAUUGAGCCCAAGACGAGAACACUCUUGAUCCCAUCCAAACCCAUCAACCUGCGCUUCAUACCCAGGGCCUCAGGAGGGCGCGAGGGAGUAGCAAAAAGCACUUGACCACAGGGUCUGGUGAUUUGCUGCGGAAGCCUCUGGUGGUUAUAAGAACUUCAGCGUGACUGAACUUUUCUCUGUUCAAUCUAGCAAGGCAAGAAAUCAACCCUUGGGAAGGUUCUGGCUGUGCAAGACAUAGUUCUGAGAUACUCAAAGAGUCAUCAAAUAUUUUACCUCCCAAACCUCUCAAAACUGCUUUGUAGUGGAUGCUUUUAUGAAACAAUAGGGUCCUCAUCUUAAAGGUAUUGCGUAACUAAAGUGCAUAGAGUAUAAUCAUUAAAAUAGCAUGUGUUGUAUGCUUGAGCAAGGCACUUAAGUGUUAUUCUAAACAUAUAAGCUUUCCCUAGGGUAACUGUGUUUUAACCAUGACUUCAAAGUCAAUGUUAUCGGCUUUCUGAAACAGUGCUGAAACAAAUCAAAGGCAUUGCAAAAGAAAAGAAAUAAUCAAGAGCUGUAAUGUUCUGUAUAGUUUUUAGAUAAUGGCUUAACGGAUAUCCCAGACAGUGGAAGUCACGGCCCCAGAAGGCCUACGGCCCCAGAAGGCCUACGGCCCCAGAAGGCCUACGGCCCCAGAAGGCCUACGGCCCCAGAAGGCCUACGGCCCCAGAAGGCCUACGGCCCCAGAAGGCCUACGGCCCCAGAAGGCCUACGGCCCCCAAAUCACUUUAACCGCCAAUGAUCCCAGAUGAGUAAGUAAUGGCUUUUUCUUUCGUGACUCAACUAAACCAUCUUACAGACUUAGACUUCUUUUUGACAUGGCCGGACUGAUUUCAGAUUAACUCUUAUCGCACGUUUUCACAGAAGGCACAUUCUGUUUUAUUUAGAUGUUGUACUCCGGUGUGCGAUGGUCAUUAUGAUAUUGUAUUUGAAAUAUUACCUUUCAAUCUAUUAAACGUUUUUAUUUAAAUUGCA